UUGGUUACGGAGAGGGAAGGGGCGCGGCUCCAGCCAUUUGAGGGCGGCGGCGGUGGGGUGCGGAGCUCUGGGGCAGCGGUGGUGCCGCUGCCGGCGGGGCAGCCGUUGUAAGGGCCCCAUUGGACGUGCAGAGAUCAACCAUCGUGAUCCCAUGGCCCUUACUGCUGUCUCCUGCUGUCCCAGCUAGGAUACAAAGUAUAAAUCCUUACAAAUCAUGUUAGAAGAGCCAUUCUUCCCAAGAUGAUUAUUCAAAGAAUUUUGAACAUCUGAAUAGCUUUGAAGAGCUAUUUGGGCAGCAAUAUGAGCAUUUGACAGGGAAAGAAAAUUAGUAUGAGAUACCAGUACUCCUAGAAAGGAUCACUUACCGUUUUACCUGUGCUCAGUCUGAGUUCUUCCAAGAUGGUGCAAGAGGGAUAUUGCUUUAACUACCUGUUUUUUUGCGCAGAUGACUGCACCAGGAAUGACUGUAGAGAGAAGCUAUACCUGCAGUUUAACCAACAGAUGCAGAAAGUGAGACACCUUCUGACUGUCAUUGUUGCCAUCAGCAAGGAGCAAAGGGAUUAUGCUAGAGUUAUAGGCAAUCAGUUACAAGAACCUGGUCUUGUAGUGGAAAUAAUAUACCGUACUAAGUCAGAUCUCACACAUGCACUUCAAGAAGUAAAAAAUGAUGGAAAACACAAGCUUUGUAAUGCCAGCUAUGUCUUCUCUGUAGUGCAUAACAACAUGCCUGUGGAGGAUGCACUGGCUCUCGUAGUUAAAGCUUUUGGGAAUAUAUUUGUUGAGCAUGAGCAACAGGAGUGUACCAGGGUUUCACACAAGGCAGCUCUGGUAGAUGACUGCCUAGCGUGGGAGCUGCGAGAUGUACAGUGUGCCCUCUGGGCAUUAGACGUAUUUCUGUUAAGUGUGGGGAAAUACUUGGAUUGGGUGGAGUUGAACUCAGUAUGUGACUAUGCAAAGACCAGAAAAGAUAUGGUUGAAGCACCUGCUAAAGGAUUUGGACUUCUGGGAUAUUCUUGACAUCAACCUGCAAAAUGGCGACUGCUUGGAGGGACGCCUGGCCUUUUGCCAAUGCCAGGAGUUGCAGUAAUAACGAAGCAUGAUGGUUAA